AUGGCGGCGGAGGCGCCGGCACCGGCGUCGACUGGCAAAGGCAAACCCCCUGAAGUGGCUGGAGGGGUCCGACGCUCGGCCGAAGUCUCUUCGUCAACAAACGGGAAGAACGCUAAGGAAUCCACCCAGGCUAAAAAAAGACCUAGGGCUACAGCUCAGGCGCCGGAAGUGGUUGAGUUGCCGGAGUUGCCCAUUGAAUUUAUCAACAAGGAAGCAGUCAUGAGAAUUGCGGCGGCUAUCGGGAAACCUAUAAGGGUGGACCGAGCUACGGAACUAGGAGCAAGGGGGAAGUUUGGUCGAGUGUGUGUGGAAGUUGACUUAACGCGACCUCUGCUGUCGCAAUACAAAAUUGAAGGGGUCACAUAUAUUAUACAAUAUGAAGGCUUGGAUAAGGUAUGUACUGACUGUGGGAAGUAUGGGCAGUCGACAGAUUUAUGCUCUUGCCAUGAUAUGACAGGAGAGAAGGAUAACAUGGGGGAGGAGGCUCCAACGAGCCCAACACAGGACCUAACGAAAGGUAAGACCUAUGGUGAUUGGAUGGUGGUUCAGCGAAAAGGCUGGACGUGA